AAUGCCAGAGAAAAACUCUUAUGUACACAGUCAAUUCCUCACCCCACGAAGGUCACCCAGUUCCUCCCCCAACUAAACCACACCACUCUCAACCCCAAAUCUGCCGCCGGUUUCGUAAAUAAAUCCAAUGACUGCACAGUUGGGUUGAGAAUAUCUCCGAGGCUUAACAAUGGGGACGUUGGAUUUUCAUCUCUUGGACAAUCUCUCAGGUUCAACAACGAGCCAAGCGAUAAGAAAGUGAAAGGACAGGUAAAUCAUGACGUUUCGGAUGAAGGGUGUCAUAGAGGAAGGAAGGAGAGAAACAGGGAGAAAAGGGAUGGUGUUAACACGCAAGGAAAUCGUGUCCUUUCAGAUGAAGGGACUGGUGGGGGAGAAAAAAAAGGGGGAAAAGGGAAGAGGGUUGAAGUUGAAACUAUCAGAAAUGGUGUCGUUUUGGAUGAGAGUGCUUGUGGGGGAAGAAAGAAGGGUGGAAAUAGAGUGAUCGUUGGAGUUAAAACAGAAGAAAAUCGUGUUGGCGAACAAAGAAGGAAGGGGAGAAAUGGAGAAAAGAGAAAGCGCAAUGGCGAUGAAAUAGGGAAAGGGUGGACGAAGGAACAAGAUUUGGCUCUUCAAAGAGCAUAUCUUACUGCAAAGCCUAGCCGCCAUUUCUGGAAGAACGUUUCCAAACUGGUGCCUGGAAAGUCUCAACAGGAAUGCUUUGAUAGAAUUCACUUUGACAAUGUGACUCCAGUUCAAUUGCAGCCUCAAUCAAGGGCAAAGGCUUGUCAUCACUCAUUCAGGAAUUUUCUUUAAAUGCAAGUAAACUUCUCAACCCGACAUGAUAAAAGUUAGAAGAUCUUUUAUCCUCUGACUUCAAUUCCCUUAAUUAAGAAAUAGAAGAAAAUAUAUAUUAUUCGGUUUAAAAAAGAAAUGGAGCGAAAAUUAAUUUUUAAUAUUAAUAUUAGUAUUUAUAUUUUAAGGAUACAAGGAUUAAAACAUGACAUCUUAGAUUUACUACUUUAGAUUUUAGAACCUAACUCGUUUUCUAAUGUUCAAGAUUUGUCAUUUGAGGAUAUGAGGUUUAGAUUGUUUGGUUAGUAAAGUACACAAACAAUAGAGAGACAUAAUUUAUAAUAAUAUAAUUCACAUUCACCCUAGAAAGACCCAAUGCAUAUUUCACUAAAUGACAUAAAAUUCACAAGUUUUUUCUUGUUCUUCUGUGUCACUGCAGUUUUCUCACUUUCCAGGGACAAAGUUUGUGGCGUAGGCCCAGGCGUUGUUGUUGACGGGGUCGGCAAGGUGAUCAGCGAGGUUCUCCAAAGGUCCCUUGCCAGUGACAAUGGCUUGAACGAAGAAACCAAACAUGGAGAACAUGGCCAAUCUCCCAUUCUUCAACUCUUUCACCUUCAAUUCAGCAAAGGCCUCUGGGUCUUCAGCAAGGCCCAAUGGGUCGAAGCUCCCACCCGGGUAGAUUGGGUCAGUCACCUCACCCAAAGGCCCACCGGCAAUGCGGUAACCCUCCACUGCACCCAUCAAUAUCACCUGUGUGGCCCAGAUGGCAAGGAUGCUCUGUGCAUGGAUCAGGCUUGGGUUGCCCAAGUAGUCAAGCCCACCCUCACUGAAUAUCUGAGACCCAGCCUUGAACCACACCGCCUCCCCGAACUUCACACCGUUCCGGGCCAACAGUUCAGGGAACACACACCCCAAAGCCCCCAACAUCGCCCAUCGAGAGUGGAUCACUUCCAGUUCACGGUUUCGAGCAAAUGUCUCCGGGUCAGCAGAAAGCCCGGCAGUGUCCCACCCAUAGUCACCUGGGAAUUCCCCCGUCAGGUAAGAAGGAGCCUCACCCGAGAAUGGGCCCAGGUACUUCACACGGUCUGGGCCGUACCAUGGGCUUCCAGAGGAAACCGACUUGGAGGCCGUCUUCCUCAUCGAAAUCCUUCCACCAGAGAGCUCCGGGGUGGAAGGAGACAGCUUUAUGGCUUGACCAGCCAAUGCUGGCGAAGAGAGAGCCAUGGUGGAAGCGGCCAUUGCAGUGUUAUAGAAUGAAGCACUGAAAGUUUGUAUUGGGAAUGGUUAGCAACGGUGGUUGUUAUAUUUGAGAAAGGGUAGAAGAGGAAUAUAUAUAGUUUAAUUGAGAAAAGGGAUUGUUAUCUUAACAUCUUAGGAGAUCUGUAUUUGAGUUUCUAUUGGUUUGGAUUUAAAGGAUC